UCGCGGCGGGGCAGCGUGGGAGGAGGCCCGGAGGCGAGCUGGCUUUCUCCUGGCCACUCGCCGGGGAGAGGGGAAGCCGGAGGAGCCCGGGAGGAAGCGGAGGCGCGGGCUGGAGGCGGCGGGUUCCGUCGGCCUCCGGCAGGACUGACCGCGGGGAGGCCGCAAGGCGGGCGGGAGGCCGUUCUGUACCGUGUGUGACGAUUAGUGCCCGGAGAGCUAAAGACUACAAAUGACGGGUUGCCGAUUUGAGAUUGAGAUCUCCAGCUGUUUGGGGGCGGAGGUCCCUUGGGCAAAUGGAACCACUCUGUUCCUCCAUUUCUUCACAUAGAAGCUUUGACUGACAGAAUUAUGUCUAUCCUGGUGCACUGAAAUUCUGCAGACUACUUAAAGACAGCGAGCAUAUUUAAUGAAAAGCACCGUAGACUGAAAAAUCAAACAUGAGGGUAGCAGGUGCUGCAAAGUUGGUGGUAGCUGUGGCAGUAUUUUUACUAACAUUUUAUGUUAUUUCUCAAGUAUUUGAAAUUAAAAUGGAUGCAAGUUUAGGAAAUCUAUUUGCAAGGUCAGCAUUGGACAUAGCUGCACGCUCUACAAAGCCUCCCAGAUACAAAUGUGGGAUCUCAAAAGCUUGCCCUGAGAAGCAUUUUGCUUUUAAAAUGGCAAGUGGAGCAGCCAAUGUGGUGGGACCCAAAAUCUGCCUGGAAGACAAUGUUUUAAUGAGUGGUGUUAAGAAUAAUGUUGGAAGAGGGAUCAAUGUUGCCUUGGCAAAUGGAAAAACAGGGGAAGUAUUAGACACUAAAUAUUUUGACAUGUGGGGAGGAGAUGUGGCACCAUUUAUUGAGUUUCUGAAGGCCAUACAAGAUGGAACAAUAGUCUUAAUGGGAACAUACGAUGAUGGAGCAACCAAACUCAAUGAUGAGGCACGGCGACUCAUUGCUGAAUUGGGGAGUACAUCCAUCACUAAUCUCGGUUUUAGAGACAACUGGGUCUUCUGUGGUGGGAAGGGCAUUAAGACAAAAAGCCCUUUUGAACAGCACAUAAAGAACAAUAAGGAUACAAACAAAUAUGAAGGAUGGCCUGAAGUUGUGGAAAUGGAAGGAUGCAUCCCCCAGAAGCAAGAUUAAUGGAAAUAUGGAGAAAAUUGAAGAAAACGCACUUUCACUGUUAAUGGGAGAGCUAGAAAGAAGAAACUACGUGUAAAUAUUUUAAGAGCAUGCAGCCAUCUUGGUGUGUGCAUGAGCAUUGUCUCUUUUGAUAUCAGGAUUAUUUAUUGCUAACGUAAAUAGAUAGCAUUGUAAAUAGUCAUCAUAAUGAGCAAAUCACUGACCCAUUUCUUAGCGCAUUUUCCUAAAAGUAAAGUGUUUAGACUUCAAUGGUAAUAACACAUUUUAAUUCUAAAAGCAUACCCAAUGGAUAACUGAACAGGUUGUGAUAUAUAUACUGGUUGCUAUGAAAAUCUAUCAUGGAAUAAUGCAGAUUUUAGGGAGGCGACUUUGUUUUGUUUUAUACAUAUAUAUGUUGCCUUGUGAUGACAAUAUCUUUUCAAUUAAAAAGAGAUUUGGCUAGUUGUGUGUGUAAUGUUACUUUACAGUCUGACUCUCCUGAUGUACCUCUUAGUCUUUCUCUUCCCUUCCCAAGAAACAAAGAAAUAAAAUGUUUGAUAUGAAAACUUAUAUCAGAUGUGAAAAGCACAACAAAAUUCUUUUUUUAAUGUACACAGUACAGAGUAAAUGUGUAAAUGUAGAUAACAUUUAGGACCAUAGAUAGCUUGCUGGAUUUUGUGUUAGCAAUGCGAAUAACUUGAUUUUAUAUAAUAAGCUAUUUAGAGUGAGGCUGGAGGUGGUAACGCCACAGAACUGGGGAACCAGGUGCAGGCCCUCCCUGGCCUAAUUAGAUCAUUCAGGACAGCUGAGUCAGUAUGUUUAGAGCAAUAUGUUUUCCUUAUUUGUUAUUGGCAUUGACCAAGUGGUUUGGAAAAAGGUAUGCUUUAAUAUCACAAUAAUUUUGAUUUGUAAACCAGGGAAUUAAUUCUGUAUUUACUUCAUUUAACUUCAUAAUAGCAAUUAUUGCCUGAAGCUAUAGUGGCAUAUUGAAAAAAGCCAUAAUUACUGGGUAGACUUAUAACAUUCAAAAAAUGAUUUUAUUUGACCCAAGAUGGCUUUAUACCCAAUUCUGCAUAAAAAUACAAGAGCUCUAACUUUUUUGUGAACUUCAGAUAUUGACCAAAUAACUUUUUUUCUUUUAAUUUUUUUAGGGCAUUAAAUACCUAUUUGUGUAUGAAGUAUCUUAAACUGGAACAUAAGCAAAUUUAAUGAUCAAGCUACCAUUCAUAAUAUAAGGCAGCACCUAAAUUUUAGAAGUGGUGUAUAAAAAAACCUAAAAGCAGUAUUUGUUAUUUUGCUAUAAACCAGUUGGUAGCUAUUCAGAUAUUUCUUAAAUAUUAAUGAACUUUGGGGUACUAUUUCUUCCCUCAAAUUGAAUGUACUUCAUGAGUAAAUGCACCUUAUACAUUUAAACAAUUUUUGUAAACUUUUUGGAUUUUUGGUGCUUAUAUGCUAAAUCACAUUCAGCAUGUGUAUUUUGACAUUUAAAAUACUUCCCUCGAUUCUGUAAACUAAAAGAGUAGCUAUUUUACAGUUCCAGGGAUUGUGAAAUAAAUGUUGCUUUUUUUUUUAAU